AUGCUGCUAUUGGUGCAGUGCCUCGUGCUCUUGGGUCUCGUCAAUGCUGUGCCGACACCUCAGGACCUGCAGGUGGAGCCCAAGUUGGAUGUCGCUCGCGCGGCGUCCGACUACUGGGUGGGAAAUAUCAAACGCCAGGGUGCUGUGGCGUUUGGCAACGGUACCGACUAUCAGGUUUACCGAAACGUGAAGGACUUUGGGGCGAAAGGUGACGGUGUGACCGAUGAUACGGCGGCCAUCAACAAGGCCAUCUCGUCCGGGAACCGCUGCGGAAAAGGAUGCGACUCGGCGACUGUCACGCCGGCGCUGGUGUACUUCCCCGCGGGGACCUACCGGGUUUCCAAGCCCGUCGUCCAGUACUACUAUACCCAGAUGGUGGGCGAUGCGACCAGCUUGCCCGUCAUCAAGGCCACCAAGAACUUCGCCGGAAUGGCGGUCAUCGAUGCUGACCCCUACGAGGAUGACGGGUCCAACUGGUACACCAACCAGAACAACUUCUUCCGUGCUGUCCGCAACUUCGUCGUCGAUCUGACCGACAUGCCCCAGGGAUCUGGUGCUGGUAUCCACUGGCAGGUCGGCCAGGCCACUAGCUUGCAGAACAUCCGCUUCGAAAUGGUCAAGGGUGGCGGUGACGCCAACAAGCAGCAGGGUAUCUUCAUGGACAAUGGAUCGGGCGGCUUCAUGUCCGAUCUGACCUUCAACGGCGGUAACUACGGCAUGUUCCUGGGGAACCAGCAGUUCACCACCCGCAACCUGGUCUUCAACGACUGCAACACUGCCAUCUUCAUGAACUGGAACUGGGCCUGGACCUUCAAGUCCCUGUCCAUCAACAACUGCCAUACCGGCCUGAAUAUGUCAAACUCGCCGCAGAACCAGACCGUGGGCUCCGUCCUGAUCCUGGACAGCAAGCUCACCAACACCCCCACCGGUGUGGUCACAGCCUUCACCAAGGACAGCAUCCCCGUCGGCGGCGGCGUGCUGAUCCUGGAUAACGUGGACUUCGGCGGCUCCAAGGUCGCCGUCGCCGGCGCCGACGGCAAGGCCGUCCUCGAGGGCGGCCAGGUCGUGUCCCACUGGGUCCAGGGCAACAGCUACCUCCCAUCCGGCGCGCACAAGCGCGAGCUGCAGGCCGAAAACACCGACCAAGAAGUGGAGGUGGUGGUCGAGACCGUGACCGAGACCAUCAUGGCCUGCUCGGCCGAGCACCAUGCGCCAACUCUGACCACGGCCCCGUCGUCGAACGCGGAGCCAUCAUCAACCGCCGAGAGUCGCCAGGGAACCGCGGACAACAAUAUCCCCGUCCCCGGCAUGUCGGUCAUCUACCCUACAGUCGGCACUCUCUCCGCGCCGGGCUUUGCCCCGCAUCCGUCGGACGGCACAGGCAAGGCAACGGCCGAGCCUCCCACCGACACCAAGGCGCCGAAUGUUCCUGGGUUCCACCCCCCUGCGCCGAAGCCUACUCACGAGACCCCCGCGGAGCUUUCUCCCGUUGAGCCUUCUGCCCCCGUUGAGCAUCCCACUGCCGUCAAGCCUACGGCUGAGGCCCCCCCUCCCCACACCGGCAAGCCACCGGCCCAAUCUACCGCCCAGCCUCCCAUGGAAGGCGCUCCGUCGACCUCGGUGGUGAACGCGCCGGCUAAGCCGCCGCAUGGGUCCAAGACCUGUUCCAGCAAGACCGUCACCAAGACCCGACUCCAGACGAUCCUCCCGGCGCAGACCAAGCCCAAGUCCUUGCUGACGGGCGGCAAGGUCUUCGAGCGCUCCAAGCCGCUGUACGACGAGUACGCCGCUUCCUCCUUCCUCAGCGUCAAAUCCGGUGGCGCCAAGGGUGACGGCCGGUCGGACGACACGGCCGCUAUCCAGAAGGUUCUUGACAGCGCGAAGCCCGACCAGAUCGUAUACUUCGACCAUGGCGCCUACGUCAUCACCGACACGGUCCGCGUGCCCAAGAACAUCAAGAUUACCGGCGAGAUCUGGCCCCUGCUCAUGGCCCACGGCGAGAAUUUCGGCGACGAGAAGAACCCGAUCCCCAUGCUGCAAGUCGGCCAGGUCGGCGACGUCGGCUCAGUCGAGAUCAGCGACCUCGCCCUGCAGACCAAGGGCCCUGCACCAGGCGCCAUCCUCAUGGAGUGGAACGUGGCAGAGGCGAAGCAGGGCUCUGCCGCCAUGUGGGACACGCACUUCCGCGUGGGCGGAUCCGCCGGCACAGAGCUGCAGAGCGACACGUGCUCCAAGACGCCGAAGCAGACAACCAAGCCGGACCCGGCGUGCGUCGGCGCCUUCAUGCUAUUCCGCCUUACCGAGAAGGGCACGGCCUACAUUGAGAACGCCUGGUACUGGACGGCGGACCACGAGCUGGACCUGCCCGACCAUAACCAGAUCAACAUCUACAACGGGCGCGGCGUGCUCAUCGAAAGCCAGGGGCCCGUCUGGCUGUACGGUACCGCGUCGGAGCACAACCAGCUCUACAACUACCAGAUCGCCAACGCGAAGAACGUCUUCAUGGGCCUGAUCCAGUCCGAGACGCCCUACUACCAGGCCAACCCGGACGCGCUCACCCCCUUCACCCCGCAGAAGAAGUGGAACGACCCUGACUUCGCGAGCUGCACGACGGCAGCCUGCCGCAAGGCGUGGGGACUGCGCGUGAUUAACUCGUCGGAUGUGUACGUGUACGGCGCGGGCCUGUACAGCUUCUUCGAGAACUACGGGCAGUCGUGUCUGAAUAGCGAGACGUGCCAGGAGAAUAUCGUGGAGGUGGACUGCUCGGAUGUGCAUAUUUAUGGGCUGAGCACCAAGGCCAGCGUCAACAUGAUUACCUCCUCGGAUGGGAAGUCGCUGGUGCCGGAGAAGGACAAUACGAGUAAUUUCUGCUCGACGAUUGCCUUGUUCAAGCAGUCGUGACCUCUGAUGUAGUGGGUGGUUGUUGUUGAGAUCGCUUUUUUUUUUCUUUCUUUUCUUCUUGUUUUUUCUUGUGGAUACCACGUUAAUAUAGAUGGUUUCUUU